CAAAAGAACAGGAUAUAUAAACAAAAUAAAAUAAAAACUCUCUCUCUCUCUCUCUCUCUCUCUCUCUUUUGUCUGUUUGUUAUCGGUUUUGUUUUCUUGGUUGGAUUUGCUUCCUCUGUCUAUUUCACUUCCUUUUCUGGGAAGCAACGAGGCUCUUUCUUACCUCUUCUCACCUUCAAGUUCACGUCUUUGUUUCUCCAACGCCCACUCUGAUUUGAAUCAAAAUCCCUCACAACAAUAAAGUAAUGGCAUCUCCUGACUCAUGGAUGCGAGAAUUCAAUGAUGCUUCAAAGCUUGCUGAUGAAAUCAAUGGUAUGAUUUCUGGAAGGAGUUCAUUGCCACCCUCUGGACCCGAAACACAACGUCAUAUGUCUGCAACUCGAAGAAAGGUUACAAUACUAAGGACAAAGCUUGAGACUUUGCAGUCACUCUUGUCUAAACUUCUUAACAAGCAGUCAAUAACAGGGAAAGAAAUAAAUCAUCGUAAAGAUAUGCUCACAAAUUUGAGUUCUAAAGCUGAUCAAAUGGCUAUUGCUCUCAACAUGUCUAGCCUUGCUAAUAGACAGAACUUGCUUGGCCCUGAUAAGAAGAUGGAUGAUAUAAUGCGCAGAACGGCUGAUUUGGACAACCAUGGUCUUGUUAGCUUUCAACGGCAAAUCAUGAAGGAACAAGAUGAAGGACUUGAAAAAUUGGAGACGACAGUUAUUAGUACAAAACACAUAGCAUUGGCAGUAAAUGAAGAACUUGAUCUGCACACUAUGCUUCUGGAUAAUCUGGACCAGCAUGUGGACUCAACAAAUUCCAACCUACAGCGGGUGCAAAAAAAUUUGGCUGUGCUGAACAAACGCACCAAAGGCGGUUGUUCUUCUUUGAUCCUACUGGUUCUUGCGGUUGUGAUUUUAAUAAUUGUUACCUGGGCAUUGAUUAAGUUCUUGUAACAUUACAUUACCAAUGAUCAACUUGCUAAUGGUGGAAUUUUCCAACUAGAAGUGAUACUAAGUUGCAAAGGCAUGUGUCAACAAGCUCCUCCUGCCUUUGGUUUAAAACUUGUAAAAAGUAAAAUGCAUAAAUGCACAGGGAUUGAGAGAUUAUCAAAGACGUCCACAAUACAUCUUGGAUUUGCUUUGUUUGAUUGA